AUGGUACAGUCAGCUGCGGCAUCAUCACUACAUCAAGAGGCAAAGACACACUAUCACAAUAUAUACCAAGGCGGGAAACUAAAUCAAGAAAGUGAGAAGGUUGGUAAGACUGGGCACAGCAUCAGCCAGCCCCCAAGUGAGAAGGUUGGUAAGACUGGGCACGGCAUCAGCCAGCCCCCAAGUGAGAAGGUUGGUAAGACUGGGGACGGCAUCAGCCAGCCCCCAAGUGAGAAGGUUGAUAAGACUGGGCACGGCAUCAGCCAGCCCCCAAGUGAGAAGGUUGGUAAGACUGGGCACAGCAUCAGCCAGCCCCCAAGUGAGAAGGUUGGUAAGACUGGGGACGGCAUCAGCCAGCCCCCAAGUGAGAAGGUUGGUAAGACUGGGCACAGCAUCAGCCAGCCCCCAAGUGAGAAGGUUGAUAAGACUGGGCACGGCAUCAGCCAGCCCCCAAGUGAGAAGGUUGGUAAGACUGGGGACGGCAUCAGCCAGCCCCCAAGUGAGAAGGUUGGUAAGACUGGGCACGGCAUCAACCAGCCCCCAAGUGAGAAGGUUGGUAAGACUGGGCACAGCAUCAGCCAGCCCCCAAGUGAGAAGGUUGAUAAGACUGGGCACAGCAUCAGCCAGCCCCCAAGUGAGAAGGUUGAUAAGACUGGGCACAGCAUCAGCCAGCCCCCAAGUGAGAAGGUUGGUAAGACUGGGGACGGCAUCAGCCAGCCCCCAAGUGAGAAGGUUGGUAAGACUGGGCACGGCAUCAACCAGCCCCCAUGUAAACAACGACCACACCGGGCAGGAAGGAAGUAA